AUGGUAGAUCUGUCUGGCAUUAUAUCACAAAAUGCAGCAAACAGCCCGAAUACGAGCAACCUCGGAAGAGAGACUAUCGAGAACAAGACUCCUCCUACCUUUAGCACACAGACGACGAUAGCAGAAGGCCCGUCAAGCAGCAGCCAGUAUAACACACUUGUACUAGCACAGAGGGCGCCGUCACAAGGGCCGGAACUACAACCGCAGCCCGAAAGACCCGAUCCGGCCUCGCAACGAAGAGGAACGGGAGCCCUACGGCCUCUCCAGGGAACCGGCCGGGUGAUGGAGGAUGAACCAGAGAGCCAGCGGCGGAUGCAGGUCGCGAGCAACUUCCCCAAGCGCACAAAGACCGUGGCGUCGGACCCCGUCUUCAUCCCGCAGCAGUCCUCCAUUGAGAAGUUCGUCAUCAGCAUCUGGGAGCAGAUCCACGGCGGCAUCAGCCUGGACCCCCAGAGCCUGCUCGAACAGUGGCAGCUGACGGCCACGGCCGCGACGGCGACCAUCAACAACGCCGGCAAGAUCCACGUGCCCGAACAGCUCGAGCUCGGGCUGCUCCAGGCGCCGGCGGCGAAUGGGACGAUGGCCGACAUCGACAUGGAGGGGACCUUCAACCGCAGCAACAUCUUCUGCCGGAAGGUCACGCAGGCCAGCCGCGCAUGCCGCUCGAUCGAGGUCAUUGUCCAAGCGCGGUGGAUCGAGCACUUUGACUCGUACGUCGAGCUGCUCGCCAUCACGAACCCGGGCAUGUCCCCGACCAAACGGCGCAAGGCGGCGCUCAUCGAGGCGUGCAACGACUUUGGGUGGUCGGAGAAGGAGCUGCGGAACAAGAUGGCCAUCUGGCGCGGCUACAAAGAGAUCAAGGACGCCGGCGGGUGGGCGGCGUUGGUCUUCGCCGGCAUGGGUCUCUACCGCUUCUGCAAGUACCGCGUCGGCUUCAACUCGGACAGCAUGCAGCGGCUCCGGUGUCUGCGGCCGCGGAUCGAGGUCGCCGCGGACACCCUGCACCCCACAUGGCGGCAGCUGCUCAUGAUCGUCGGGGAGCCGGCCCAGCGGCGCUUCAGCGGACACCCUCACGACUGGGUGGUCCGGCAGGACGGAUCGGAUCCCGUGCCGCUCCGGUCGACAUAUCUAGAAUACGAUCCCUACUUCAGCUUCGAGCAGCUGGAACACUCCGUCAUGGACAUGAGCGCGUGGGGGACCGAAGACCCGCGAUGGGUGCCGCCCAUGAACGCGGUGGCGUGCGUCCAGGGGAAGCACACAUGUCACCUGUGCGGACAGGAGCAGUCCGAAGACCCCAAGAUCAACUCCUGCUACUGUUUCCCGACGCUCUUCGGGUCCGGCGGCCGCAGCCCGUGUCCCGUGCAGGUGUUCCGCACGCUAAACGGGUGCAACAAUGGGCUGAUGGCGCUUUGCCCCUUCGACCGCGGGGCGGCGAUAGGAGAGUUCGUCGGCCUCAUCACCAAGGGUCUUCAGAACAUGGACGUCAUGGACAGCUCGGCCGGCAUGCGGGCUUAUCAGAUCUGGCAGGGCCGGCAGGGCAACUUCACCAGGUUCGUCAAUCACAGCUGCAAGUCCAACGCGCAGUUCCAGCGGUUUGUUUGGAUGAGCACGCAGCGCAUCGUCCUGGUGAGCAAGGGUAUCGAGGCCGGGCACGAGAUCACGGUGGACUACUCUGGGAGCUACUGGCGCGGCCUAGACAAAAACUGCCUCUGCGGGGAGUCGUGCUGCCGGUACAGAACUGCGCCACGGUGA